AUGCAAUUAACUUGGAAAGAUAUUCCAAGUGUCCCAACCGCAAAUGACAUGCUUGACAUUGUCUUAAAUAGAACUCAAAGAAAAACUCCAACUGUUGUUAGACAAGGUUUCCAAAUUCAGAGAAUUAGAGCCUUCUACAUGCGUAAAGUUAAGUUCACAGCAGAAGGGUUCAUUGAGAAGUUCGAUGAAAUUUUAAGCAAAUUCCCAAAUAUUAAUGACUUGCAUCCUUUCCAUAGAGAUUUAAUGGACACUUUGUAUGAGAAAAAUCACUAUAAGGUUUCCCUUGGUUCGGUCUCAAGAGCUAAAACCUUUAUUGAGCAAAUUUCAAGAGAUUACAUUCGUCUUUUGAAGUUCGGUCAAUCCUUGUUCCAAUGUAAACAGUUGAAGAGAGCAGCGUUGGGUAGAAUGGCCACAGUGACUAAAAAGCUAAAAGAUGCUUUAACGUAUCUUGAGCAAGUUAGACAGCAUAUUGGUAGAUUGCCUUCCAUUGAUCCAAACACAAGAACCUUAUUGAUUUGUGGUUAUCCAAAUGUCGGUAAGUCCUCCUUUUUGAAAUGUAUCACAAAGGCAGACGUUGAUGUCCAGCCAUAUGCAUUUACAACCAAAUCUUUAUACGUUGGACAUUUUGACUAUAAAUAUCUACGUUUCCAAGCCAUCGACACUCCCGGUAUCUUAGAUAGACCAACAGAAGAAAUGAACAAUAUUGAAAUGCAGUCCAUCUAUGCAAUUGCUCAUUUGAGAUCCACCGUCCUUUACUUUAUGGAUUUAAGUGAACAGUGUGGUUUCAGUAUCGAGUCUCAAGUCAAGUUGUUCAAUUCCAUCAAACCAUUGUUUGCAAACAAAUCUGUCUUAGUUGUGGUUAACAAGACAGAUAUCAUUAGAAUUGAAGACUUGGAUCAAGAAAGGCAAGACUUAAUCAACAGCGUUUUAUCCAUACCAGGAGUUGAGAUCAUGCAAACCUCUUGUCAUAACGAUGAUAAUGUCAUGCAAGUUAGAAACAAGGCAUGUGAGAAACUAUUAACUUCAAGAAUUGAGCAGAAGUUAAAAGGUUCUGGUAGAGUUGAUAACGUGCUUAAUAAAAUCCACGUGUCAAAGCCGGUUGCACGUGACGACAUUGACAGAGAAGCCUAUAUUCCUGAUGCCGUUAAAGCCUUGAAGAAAUAUGAUCCAAAUGAUCCAAAUAGAAGAAAGUUGGCCAAGGAUGUCGAACUUGAAAAUGGUGGUGCCGGUGUCUAUAAUAUUAACCUGAAGGAGAAAUAUAUCCUGGAGGAUGAUGAAUGGAAGAAGGAUAUUAUGCCUGAAAUCUUGAACGGUAAGAAUGUUUAUGACUUCCUUGACCCAGAAAUUGCAUCUAAAUUGCAGGCCUUGGAGGAAGAGGAAGAGCAAUUAGAGAGAGAAGGAUUUUAUGAUUCAGAUGAUGAUAUGGAAGAUGAAAAUGACGAAAUCAACCAAAUACGUGAAAAGGCAGCAUGGAUCAGAGACAAGCAAAAGAAGAUGAUCAAUGAAGCUCGUAAUAAGAAACACUUGAAUAACAGAGCAAUCAUGCCAAGAUCCAAGAUUACCAAAUCCUUUGGUGAAUUGGAGAAUCAUAUGUACUUGGUUGGUCAUGACACUGACAAAUUGAAGAACAGUAAAUCGAAGAGUAAGAGAGCUCUUAAUGUUAAGGGUGCCGAUAUUUUGCGUAGUUCAAUUGAAGAUGAGUUUAAGGCUGGUGGUGUUAGACCAUUGAACCAAUCUGAUAGACUGAACGAUGGUAUUGACGAUGGUGCACUUAGAUCCAAGGCCGAAAGAAUCCAUAAAAUGGAAAGAAGAGAAAGAAACAGAAAUGCAAGAAAGGGUGAAGGUGAUCAUCAUAUUGGUGAUUCAAUGCCUAAGCAUUUGUUCUCCGGUAAGAGAGGUAUUGGUAAGACUGAUUUCCGUUGA